CAACCUAGACACCAAUCUGCGUUUUCCUAUAGUAUAUGGACGUUACAUAGACAACGAAACAGCUCACAGUCUGUGUAGGGAUCUACCGUAUCUGAAUGAGACUGUAAUUUAUGUGCCGUUUCACAAAGUUGUUCUGAACUGGAGCCUAAUUGAAAACGAAAGCCAAAUUCGAGAUUCCUUCGUAGGGUUUGGGUAUGAUGUGUCAACAUACACCAAGCCAGAUCUAGCCAGUUAUAGACCUACUCAUAGGAAGACGAGUUUCCACAGUCAUGAAACUGGUUUUGAUAGUAGGACAGAGUUUUACAUAUUCAUCAAGACAGAAAACAAGGCUGGUGUCUCGUCAGUGGCAACCCUUGGUCCUGUGAUGAUAGAUGACACUCCCCCAGACGUUCACGGGACACUAGUUCCAGAGAUAGUUGGGGAUCACAUCAGAGUCACCUGGACCAAUCACACAUUCUCAGACCCUGAAGAAGUACAUCAGCAGUUCACAGUUACAUACCGGGCGGUAAUGGACGAGGACUAUGUUACACCAAUACUGCAGACUCCUUCUGGGGCAAGUGAGGUGUGUAAAGCUGAGGGACAUGCUGGUUGCAUCCAGUAUCCAAUGGUCCUUCUGCAGCGUCAGGACUCAGAACUUGGAAAACGAUGUCUCUUUGAGUUGUAUGUUUACAAUUCAGCAGGCCACUUCACCACUGUAAGAACAGAGUCAAUCCGUCUUCCGUCACUAUUCCCUCCUGGUCCAGCUCUGGUCGUGGAUGUAGAUCCUUCAGAUGUAAACUCCUUGACAGACGUGGACUUCCACCGUCAGUAUUCAGCUUGUGCCCACUGGUCUGGAUUCAAACAUCACAGAAACGUCACUUUUGAGAUAGGCAUCGGGUCAACAGCAGGUAUGGAUGACGUAGCAACGUUUACUGUUGUCACUGGGUCGGAUAUACAAACAGCUUGUAUCAAGUCACCCACUCUCUCGACGUUUGUCAAGUACUUUACAUCUAUUCGGGCGAAGUGUUCGGGUGGAGAAACUGUUUCGUCGUCAGAUGGAUUUAUGAUUGUGGCAGAUGUUCCUCAUUCCUUUUCUGUCUAUGAUGGCCCAACAUGUGAACUGAAUGAUGAAAAGCUGGUUAACUUUCUUGACUUACACAACCUUUCCCACAGUACGAGCGUUAACGUUACAUUUGACAAUCCACUGCAUCUUGGGCAGCACUACAGUGCUGUAGUCAGAAACAUCACAACCUUUGAAGGCUUCUCAUUUCUCUCAGAUGAUGUAUUCAUCACUGGAAGCAACAUGGUAGAUAAUUCAACUUAUCAUGUAGAGUUUUUUCCUCUUACAACAAAUCCAAAUUUCCGAUUGAGGUUCGGAAAAGGAAGUAGUUUCAACAUUGAAGUGUACAGAUGUGUUCAAGAUGCCGACUACCAGGUUUCAACGACAUCCUACACACUACACUGGGAGGGCAAUGGUGAAUACACGGAUUUUGCAACCUAUUAUCAUCUCCAGUUACUGGAAAGCACAUGUAACAAUGAAUCUUCAGAAGCAUGUGUCAAAAUCAUCAGCGAGACAAAGGUUAAAACAGGAAGAGGCACAACACAUUGUUUCAAAAAUCUAAAUCUGAAAACUGGACACCGUUAUUUGGGUUCUAUAUCGCCUUGCUUUGGACACAUUUGUAUCACAGAACAGUUGUCUGAUGGUGUGUUGGUAUCUGAAAUUCCAGAGAUUGGGAACAUCGUUUCUGCCAUUCAAGAUGAAACUGGAGAUUGUACAAACAUAUCUGUUGAAGUAGAAAGUAUUGCCUGUGGAGAGUCCUUAAAGACAUCUGGGAGUUGCAUCAUUCAAUGGGCAAUCGUCAAGUCCGAAUCAGAUAUCAGCCCGGUUACAACGUGGAUGCAAGAAGAUCCUGGCUCUUGCAAUGUCAAGACCUCCAAAUGCCUGAAGCUACCAGUCCACUCCUAUCAAAAACUGUUCACAUGUGUACGAGUCUUCUGUCCAUCUGGGCAGUUUGGUUCUAAAUGUGCUGAGCUGACAUUGAACCCAUACGCUACGUCGUAUAGUGAGCAUGCACUCUUUGAGCUGCCUGCAGAUGACAAGCGACUGGCCAAUAUCGAAGACAUUCUCCACAGUGAACGACUUGGCACAAGACUAAAGCUGCUACAUGAGCUGGAUGUUGACUUUAUCAAAAGCAGCAGUAGAGUAAGUGCUGUCAUCACCAAUACAGCUGGCCGCAAUGUCACUUGGUUCGUGAUGAGGGGAAUCCAACAGGUUCCAGUGUAUGACUGUGACUCUGAUAUAUCUUGCUUGGCAUGGAAAUUUACACAAACUGGAUUUGUCAGGUUCGGUUGGAUUGACUUUGACGAUUCCGAAUCCUAUUACAUAUGUGCCAAUGUCAGUGAAAAUACAGAAAAGGAACUAUUGUCCUUCACCAUUUGCGGAAAUGGAUUUGUGGUGGACAAGACUCCCCCCGUUGGAGGUUCCGUCAGUGUAACUAACGCAGUAUCUGGCUACAUCACCGAUCCCUCAAGGAUGGUCAUUACUUGGUCCGGGUUCUCUGACAAGCUGCCACAUGGAGUUGUAUAUGCCAAUACAAUCAAAUCAUACUCAAUUGCUAUCGGGAACUAUCCUCAUGGUCAAAAUGUUAUGGCAUGGACAAAGAUUGGUGAACGCACAUCGUUUCAAGCUGAGGGGCUUCCCAUCAAGACUGGAGAAGUGUACUUUGUCACAAUCAAAGCUGAAGAUCAUGUUGGUCAUACGACAGAGAGUAUUUCUCCUGAAAUAGUAGGCGAUCUUACUCCACCUGUAUGUGGUGAGAUUCAGGUUGAAGGACUGUACCCGCAUAAGAAGGUUUUGAGGACAAAGACACUUCGCAUCCAGUGGAAGGAUAUCCACGACCCCGAAAGUGGCAUCGAGUCCUACCAUCUGAAUAUUUUCACAUCCGUCAACACAGAAGCGCCACCUCUACAGUUUGGAACAGGAAUGGAAUCUACAAUUAUUCACAUUGAUAAUACUUUUAUUGAAGGGCAUGCCUAUGACAUCAGAAUUCAGGCCACCAACAACGCCCACCUUCGGUCUCUGUGCAUAUCCAAGUCAUUCAUCAUUGAUAACUCCCAACCACAUGCUGGUAUUGUUCGAGAUGGGUAUGUUGGAAGUAAGGAUGAGGUGGACUAUCAAACCAGCACAACUGGGCUAGGUUGCCACUGGACUGGGUUUCCCGACCCUCACUCUGGAAUACGGGGCUACAGAAUAGGACUUGGGACUUCACCAGGCGUUUUGGACGUCAAGCCUCUCCUGUCUGUUGGACUUCGGAAAAAUCAUAAUUGGACACAUGCCUUCAUCCCUGGAGCGAAGUACUACAGUACAGUCGAGGCGUGUAAUAAUGCAGGGCUCUGUGUCACUGCAUCUUCUGAUGGCGUCGUUAUGGAUGGAUCCGCUCCUGCAGCUGGUGUUGUUACUGUUGGUCACACUGACACUCAUAACAAAUAUCACGGUCAUAGAUCAUAUGUCCACAGUAAAUGGGUUGGUUUCGAGGAUGCUGAGACAGGAAUCCACCAUUUUGAGUGCUGUAUUGGACAGAGAUCGGGUUCUUGUGACAUAAUGAAUUUCACCAACACUGCUCUCUCCGAUUCUUACUUGGCAAGUGGGCUGCACCUACCACUCUCUGUUCCUCUGUUUGUGACAGUACGAGCAUACAACCCUGUAGGUCUCUUUGUCGAAGCUGUCUCCCCCAGUUUUGAAGUUGAUGACACUGCACCUGAAGUCAUCGAUAGACCAGUGUUCAUAUCAACAUCACCAGAUGGUCCAGAAAACAUCACCAUACAGUGGGAUAACAGUGUCCUGUAUUCACGGUGGAAGUUUGUUGAUAAUGGGAGUCCAAUACAUGAGCACAUACUUAGCUUUAAAACUCACCACGAGUCAGCCGUAGCAGUAGAACAGAUUACCUUAGGACCACAGAACUCGUACUUACUGAUUCUGCCGAAGGAAAAGCGACUUAGGAAUGGAGACAAAUACCAACAGUCGGUGACUUCCUGCAACCGUGCAGGCUUGUGUACAACGUCACACAGCAACAACAUUCUGAUUGAUUCUACUUCUCCGAUAUUGGGAGGCUUUAAGCCACCACUAACGUGGCAAACUAGCAGUGUCAAUGGAUCUGAACUAACACUUUUCAAUCUUACCUGGUAUGGGUUUUCAGAUGCAGAAUCAAACAUUUCUUGCUAUCAUCUAAAUGUUGGAACGUCGUAUGAAGGCGGCGAACUAACAAAUGGUGCGAUUAUAGUCAGUCAUGACCCAUCUGUGAAGGAUCAGUCAAGCACAAUCCAGCUAACACAGUUACUUGGUGGAGGGGAAAUCAUUUUAUCUAUUUGGGCUGCGAAUGAUGCACAUCUUCUGAGUCCUGUUGGUAAAGUUACCGUCUCAGUUGUAGCAACAGAUCACAAGAGGAGGCGUGAGGGAACACUGGAACUACAGCGUCACUCCUGUGACACUCACUACUGUACUGAUGACUGCACAUGUGCAGUGGUUGGGCGGAAGUGUAAUCCACCUUCCAUGCCCGUAACAUGUCGUGAUAUGUCAAAUGUCACCUCACACAGGCUUAUGGAUGUCCAAAUACAUCCAAGGGCCCGUAACCAAUCUGGCCUGUACAUUACAUCUUCUCUGUCUUGUAUUGCCGGGUAUUGGGAGAUGGAUCCAGCAUACGGCAUUCAGCGAUAUGAGUGGAGCAUGGGGCUGCUUAACGAGCCUUUUGGGGCUGGAAUAUUUAAAACUAAUGAGGAAAGUAUCUGGUAUGAUGUAGGAAGGAGGACUGACAUAGUCCACUGUCUGCCAUAUGGCCGAGCCCUAGAACACGGAGACGACUAUGUCAUCUACGUCAGAGCUUGGUACUCAGAUUCUGAAUACAGAGUCUUCACAUCCCCGAGUAUUAGAGUCGACCAUACACCACCUUCUGUGAGAAGAGGUAGAGCACUGAAAGAUUCAGAUUCAACAUGCAGUCGAGACUUUGACGUCUUCGACAGCAAUGAGACUGUCAUAACUGCCUGCUGGCAAGGAUUGUUCCAGGAAACACAGACAAGCAUUGAGGAAUACAUAGUCUGGGCUGGUGUUACAAAAUAUGGUUCAGACCUCUUGCCAUAUCAAAGUGCAGGACUGACUACAAACAUAUCCCUACCAGUGGUAAAUAUGACUCAUGGUACCAAGUAUUAUGUUGGCAUUCGUGCCAUCAACACCUUGAACAUGUCUGCUACUGUCAUCUCAGAUGGCUUUGUGAUAGAUGCAGACAUUCCAGUUGGUGGAAAUGUGUUCAACACUGAACAUCAUCAAAGUAGAUUGACACAGUCUGAUAACUCAUCCUAUGGUGUCUCAUGGCAUGGAUUCCAGGAUCACCACUCCAGUGUGAAGCAAUAUCGUGUUUACCUGAGGGAAGACAACUCAUCACAUACUGUUACUAACACCACGGUGACACUCAGGAACACAGUUCUCUUUGAUGACUUGAACCUAGAACAUGGACAAUAUUACACAGUGUCUGUAGUAGCAGAGGACUUUGCAAGACAUCUCAGUGAUGAAGUGACAUCCCUCCCCGUGUUAGUUGAUGUAACCCCUCCAUAUGGAUUUGUGUGUAAGAACUUCACAAAUAUCUCCAUCACCAACAUGACAUAUGAGAAAACUAAUGAUGGAUCCGGUUCCUUGAAUGUAUUCAAGGUUGAUUUACCUCGAGAAACCGGGUCACAUUAUCGUGUGAAGGUUUGCAUUCAGCGGGAUCAUCUGGAUCAUGAAGAGGCUGAGUUUGCAGUGGGUGGCAUCCACAUCCAGAUACCAUUUGUCCUAAUAUACAACCAUACAUUGCACUGCGCGGAAUACCAGUUUACACUUGAUACAGAAAUUGUGUCAGUCUCAGCUCUUUUAGAAGUCACAAUUCAGAGUAAAGGAUCGUUCCAGGAUGCAGAUAUAGAAAUAGAGGAAUGCACAGACAGACAGAGAACACAUGGACCAGAUGCUAUAACAGUACGACAACUGACGCCCUCACUACUAGGUAUCUGCACCAGGAUGAUGGACCCAGAAAGUGGCUUAAUGAACAUACAGAUUGGAGCUGGUACAACACCAGGAGGGUUUCAGCUUCAGCCCCUUCGCCAUGCAGACGCUGGCUUCCACCAGUUGGUGGAGGUGACUGUCCCCCAUGGGACGCCAGUUUACACAACAGUCAUCGCUGAGAAUGGUGCUGGACUGAGGACGCAUUAUCUUUCUAAACCGAUUGUACUCGACCACACUCCACCCACAAUAUCAGAUGUAAAAGCCUACCUGGUUUAUUCUGGUAGCAAACCUUCUCCAAUAGUACACGCAUCUGGAUCCUGGUCAGCUGACGACGAUGAGUCGGGAAUAUCUACAUGCUGGUGUGCUCUUGGUCACAUGCGGCUGUCAUCUGAUCUCCACAGCUGGGUUACCUCUGAGAGCGGUACAUCAUGUCAGAUAACGGUCCCACACCCAUCCCAUGGGGUCAGGCUGUACAUGACUAUACAGUGCACUAACAACGUGGAACUGGACACUGUCGUCUCAUCAAACGAGCUACAAAUUCUCUUCAGGCCACCAUCCGCUGCUGGUAGUGUGGUAGACUUGGUGGUGCAGAACAGGUACAGCCAGCAUUGGAAACACGUCCCCCAGUCUAUCAUGUCGUCUCUCGCAUUUCAGUGGACCUGGCCAGACCAGGACACUGUCAGUCACUACCAGUGUCGAGUAACAGACAUCGAAGUAUGGAUGAACACUACCCUGAGAUACUGUGAAAUGUCAGGUGUGCGCCUGAAGGACGGGGAAAGCUACACAGCCGUGGUUCGUGCAGUAAACAUGAGGCAGCAAGUCAGUGAAGCAGUAUCAGCAUCUGUCACAGUAGACAGCACAGCGCCAGCACUUUCAGGAAGAAAAGCGUUAGUUCAAUGGAGGUCUGACAGUGUGAGGGUUUUCUAUGGCGAUGUGUUUUAUCCCAGAAGAGACCACCUGACCUACACCAUCAGCGUCGGCUCCAACAAGGGCUACAGCGACUACAUGCAUAUGUAUACUACACGUCACAAUGACGUCACAGUCAACGUCCCUGGCAUCACAUCAGAGGUUCAUGUGACAAUAACAGCUCAAGCACCUGUUGGCACUUAUGAAACUUACUAUGGUUCUUUCACUAGAAGCUGAAACUAACGGUCGCAAACAUAUUGGCAUCACCAUAAUGAAAUAACCAAGCAUAUCUCGUGGUCUUUGUUUUCCUGUAACAAGUGUGUUUUUUGUAGUUUAUUUUGAUAUAUCAGACCAGUGUAGAUUGAAACUAUUCGAGUGUAUUUUUCUACAUGGCGUAGUUAAUUUUUUCAGUAGAUAUAUAGCAAUGUAAUCAGAAAUCAAAACUAAACGAUUCCAUAAUGCGUGGUGAAGAACGAUACUGGGAUAACGCAUAACAGAGCUGAUGUUGGCGAAGCCUGUGAGACAAUACAACGUGAUAUAUUCUUUCAUAAAACACAAUGUAUGAAUCGUUGAAAAUGGAGGAAACCCUAAUACCACGUAAUGAAUACUAUGCCUUAGUGUGUGUAUAGAUUACAUAUAGACAGUAUUACACCAUAUUAUUAGUCAAUAUUGCUGUACAGAAAAGUCAUUGCUUUUUGUAGUCAAUUGAUUCGUAUGUUCUGUGUUGUUGCGUUUGAUUAAACAUAAUUUUAUUCAA